AUGCUCAGAACAGCCGCCAGCAGGAGGCUCGCCAGCAGAUGCUUCUCGAGGGAGACUGUGCCAUACGACAAGACAAUCGGGAACCUGCGUCUCACUAAGGAUACUAAGGUGAUCAUCCAGGGAUUCACGGGCAAGCAGGCCACGUUCCACGCGAAACUGUCGCAGGAGUACGGCACCAACAUCGUGGGCGGCACCAACCCCAAGAAGGCCGGGCAGACGCAUCUGGGCCAGCCCGUGUUCGCGACUGUGGCCGAGGCCAUGAAGCAGACCGGCGCGACCGCGACCGGGAUCUUCGUGCCCCCACCCAUUGCGGCAAAGGCGAUCCGCGAGGCCAUCGAGGCCGAGAUUCCGCUGGCUGUGUCCAUCACCGAGGGUAUUCCGCAGCACGACAUGCUGUACGUCGCGGAGAUGCUCAAGUCGCAGCAGAAGACACGUCUGGUGGGCCCUAACUGCCCGGGCAUUAUCUCCCCCGAGGCCCGCGUGCGUAUUGGCAUCCAGCCCUCCAGGAUCUUCAAGCCCGGCAAGAUAGGCAUUGUCUCCAAGUCGGGCACCCUGACCUACGAGGCUGUGCAGCAGACCACCAUCACCGGCUUGGGCCAGACGCUAGUCAUCGGCAUGGGUGGUGAUGCCUUCCCAGGUACUGACUUCAUUGACACGCUGAAAUACUUCAUGGAGGACCCUGCCACCGAGGGUAUUGUCAUGCUGGGCGAGAUCGGCGGUAAGGCCGAGAUUGAGGCCGCCCAAUUCCUGAAAGAGUUCAACUUGACGCGCUCCAACCCAAUGCCCGUUGCUUCUUUCAUUGCGGGCGCCGUGGCUGGCCAAAUGAAGGGUGUUAGAAUGGGCCACUCGGGCGCUAUCGUCGAGGGUUCUGGCACUGACGCGGAGUCAAAGAAGGCUGCUCUGAGAGAUGCCGGCGUCGCUGUCGUCGAGUCUCCUGGUCAUCUGGGUAAGGCUUUGUUGGAUGAAUUUGCCAAGUUGUAA